UAUUUUUUUCGUAAUCACGGUUCGUGUUAGUUUUGUUUUUAUUAUCCAAACUUGAUUAAAGAAUGGGAGAUGAUCGGGAAGGGAAUGGCGAAUGCAGGCCGAUUGUUGCGGUGCUGCACAAAAAUAAAUAUAUAAAGGUUUACAAAGCGAUUAAGAUUAUACCCCAAAUAAUCGCAGACACAAGCGAGGUCAACCUUAAAGCCGCCAGUGUCUGCGUCACGCCGUUGUUUGCUAUCUCACAAACUUUUCUCGCCCAAGCAGUAAUUGCGGCGCUCUGCGGAGAAACGAGUUUGUAAAGUUUGCAAACUAUGGGCGUGACGUUUCAGUCACUUCAAAAACACACAGGCAUUCACAAGCUGGGAGGGGAGGAACUUAGGAAAAAAAGAAAAAAAAAAAACUUAGGCUGAAAAUGGCUUCCUUUCCUUUGGAGCCUGCAGCCCAGAAAGAGAGUCCUUCAGCCGAGGCAGCCGCCGCGGACCCCGGGAGCCCCCCAGACGAGGCGGCGGGGUCGCUGGACGAGGCCUCGGAGCGGCUGCUGCAGACUCUGCAGAGCUCCUCCGGGCUGAGUUUCUCCGCGGAGCAGGUUUCGUGCGUCUGCGAGGCGCUGCUGCAAGCGGGCAAUGUGGAGCGCCUGGGCCGGUUCCUCUCCGCCGUCCCCCUCUCCGAGGAGCUGCUACGUGGCAACGAGACUCUGCUCAAGGCCCGGGCGCUGGUGGCUUUCCACCAGGAGGAGUUCAAGGAGCUGUACGCGCUCCUGGAAAGCCACCCCUUCCAGGCGGCCAACCACGCGUUUCUCCAGGACCUGUUCCUGCGAGCCCGCUACAAGGAGGCAGAAAGGUCCCGGGGCCGGUCCCUGGGCGCCGUGGACAAGUACCGUCUCCGCAAGAAGUACCCCCUGCCCAAAACCAUCUGGGACGGCGAGGAGACGGUGUACUGCUUCAAGGAGAGGUCCCGCAACGCGCUCAAGGAUUGCUACAAGAGCAACAGGUACCCGACCCCGGACGAGAAGCGCAACCUGGCCAGAGUCACCGGGCUGUCCCUCACGCAGGUCAGCAACUGGUUCAAGAACCGGCGGCAGCGGGACCGCACGCCCUCGGGGGCCACCAGCAAAAGCGAAUCGGACGGCAAUCCCAGUACAGAGGACGAGUCCAGCCGGGGGGCGGAGGAGAUCCCAACACUCCCAGUGCUCCAAGCCAGCGCGGGCCACAUCCUGCUGAACGGGGGCCUCCUGGGGCCCGGGGCCCAGCCGCUUGUGCUGAACGGGGGUCCGGGGGGUGUGAUCAUCAACGGGCUGGCCCUGGCGGAGGGGCAGACUCUCACCCUCAGCCCCGUCGACAACCCCCUGCUGCUGAACAGAGCCAGGCAGCCUGAGGCAGAGCCUCCCCUGCCCACGCUCCUGCUCACCGCCGGGGAGGGCAAGGGCUUGCCUUCUGCCUUCUUCAGGGAGCACAGCCCCGCGGGCCUCCAGAAUGGGGGACACCCCAAGACAGAAGUGCUACAGACGGGCAUGCAGAGCCCCACCCCCACCUCCUGCUCCUCCUCCUCCUCCCCCUCCCCUCCCAGCACCCUGACUGUCACCCCUACCUUCCACAGCCCAGCUGGGGAGCUCAAACCUCUGGCCCCCUGUCCCUCCGCCCAGCUCCCCCAGUCUAGCCAGGUAGUGCCGCUGCCCUCUCAGGUGAACCCCCAUGGCCUGCUGUCCCUCCCGCAGGUAGUCCCCUCAAUCCAGGGCAUCCCCAUCUCCCAGAUCCCCACCUCAUCCUCCUCCCUCUCCCCCUGCCCCCAGAUUGUCCCGGCAGCCCCAGUCAGCCCUGCACUCCUCGCCCAGCCCCAGAGCUUCCAUCUCACUGCGGGGCUCCAGGGUGAGCAGGAAGCCCCCCCCACUCCCCUCCUAGGACCCCCCCAGACCAUCCACACCCUCCAGACACUGCCACAGACCCCCUCGCAGAUUGUUCCCCUCUCCCUGCCCACUCUCUUCUCCUCCACCCCCUCUACCCCCCUCUCCUCCUCCACCUCACACUCUACUGCCCUCUCCCUGCCCCCUCUCUCCUCCCCCUCUACUGCCCUCUCCCUGCCCCCUCUCUCCUCCUCCACCUCCCCCUCUACUCCCCUCUUCCUGCCCCAGGUGGUGCCCUGUUCCCAGGCUGUCUCUCUCUCCUCUCCUACUGGCACUCUGCAGAUCCUGGCCAGCGCUUCCAGCACUCCCAGUCCUCUCCAGUUACCCGGUGGAGCCUCUGCUGGGGUGCAGCUCAUUAACCCAGGCCUGUUCCAGCUGCCCUCUGGGGCUCAAGGUAACCUCCUCUUGAGUAAUCCAGCAGGGGGCAGCACCUUCCUGACGGGCGUGUCCUUCCAGCCUGGCAGGCUCAUCCUGACUGCCACCUUCCCCGCUGGCAUGCUGCUCCCCUCCCCCACCCUGCCCCUCAAACAGGAGCCCAGCUCCGGGGGUCUGCUCCUCACCCCGGUCCUCUCCACGAGCCCAGCCCCGGUAUCUGGGGUGAUCUCUCUGACUCCCUCUUCCUCUUACUCCAGCCCCACCUCCUCUGUCUCGGCGUUUCAGACAGACAGCUCCGUCACCUUCAUAAACUCUGCCAGCCUGUACCCUGCCGGAGCUCCCUCCACGCUCCCCCCUCCCAGCCCUGCCGCUGGACUGGGAGCUCCCCUCACCCCAGUAAGCACCAGCAGCCACCACCACCACCACCACCUCCCAGUCUCGAACUCUCAGCUCCCCCAGGUAGUGUGGAGCCUGCCCAGCUCUCCCCCCUCCUCCCAGCUCCCCCAGGUAGUGUGGAGCCUGCCCAGCUCUUCACCCUCCUCCCAGCUUCCCCAGGUAGUUUGGAGCCUGCCCAGCUCUUCACCCUCCUCCCAGCUCCCCCAGGUAGUCUGGAGCCUGCCCAGCUCUCCCCCCUCCUCCCAGCCUGGUGCUGCUGCUCUGUUGGAGCUGAGGAAGGGGGAUCACUUGGGUGAGGGUGAGGGAGAGCCCAGGGGUCUGCUGAGCCUGGCCGGGGGGGAGGAUCUGCUCCUGGGGGGCAGGGCGGGCGGCGGGGGUGCAGAGGAGCCUGAAGACAUGGAGUGCGAUGCCAAGGUGCUGACUCAGCUGCAGCCUGUCCCUGUCGACGUGGAUCUGGGGCUGUAGGAGGGAGGCGUCUCCACCCAGACUGGACUGUAUCUGGGAUUAGCCGGCUCUUUGAAGUGCAGUUUCCAUUGAGAGGGCCCCUGGGGUGGGGACUGAACAGAUAUUCCUUCGUCAGGAGAUUGGCGAGUUCUUCACAGUUACUGUUCUCAAUGGGAUUGCAGUCCGGAUUAACAUUGGAUAAACUCCAGGCAGACCUGGGUAUGUGAACUAAAGAAACGUCUCUACGGUGAUGGGAUUGUAAUCCAGAUUAAGUGUGAGUAUCUGAGAUGAACGAGAGCGGCCAGCACUAGUGCUGCACAAACCGAUUAAUAGGAUGAAGCUCGCCAAUGAAAUCAGGUGCUGACAGUUAGGUGAGGGUCACGGGUGUCGAUCGGGCUCAUGCCAUUCAGAGGGAAGAAACAGCUGCUUGGGUUUGUGGUGAUCGCUGCUUUUCUUACUCUGUGGAGAACAGAAAUCCAUACAAACCCAAGCAGUUGUUUCUUCACUUGUUUCACUUGAAAUGGUAAAUUGCCCGAUCAACAGCAGCGACCCUCACCUGUGGAACUCGAUCUCAAUAAUCCAACAGUCGGUUUAUGCAGCACUAGCCACAACACUAUACAUGACUAGUGAAAGGGAUCUGGGCAUGCGAACUGAAGAGGAUUCAUCAUGUACGGAUUUGAAUCCUGAUUUACAGCGUUUAAUCUGAUAUUAGCAAAACCUGCUUCACUAGUCUCCAUCUCUGCAGACCUGGGUAACAAUCCAAAGAGGACUCUCUAUCAUGGGAUUUCAACAUGGAUUUACUGUGUGCAUCUCAAGUGAGUAAAACCUUUUCACUACAGUCCCUUCCAAAAGGACUUGGACAUAUAAACUGGACAGCGGGGAGCUGAGCAGAGUAGGAGCUGCCACCACACUAUAAAGGACAGCCUCCAUUGAAAAGGAUCAUAGGAGUAUAAAUGAAAAAUGUUUCUUUACACAAUACGAUUAUGAGAUUAGUAUUAGAUGAUCUGAGAUUAGAAAAGCCUGUUUCACUACAGUCUCCAUCUCUGCAGAUAUGGGUUGUAAUCUAGUCCGCAUCGCGAUGGGAUUUCAAUCUGGAUUAACAGCGAGUAUAUGAGAUUAGCAAAACCUCUUUGAAAGGGACCUGGUAUAUAAAAUAAAAAUGAUUUAUCAUGUAUGGAUUUAGAGUGGAUAAUCUGAGAUUAGAAAAACCUUGAAAAGGACAAGGAAGCAUAAACUGGAGAGGAGUCGUUGUCUAUCCGGAUGGGCAGUGAAUAUGAGCGAGCGCUGUCACCACACUAGAAAGGACAGUCUCCAUUGAUAAAGGUCCCUUUCAAUAGAUAUGAACUAAAGAGGUCGUUUUACACAAUAGGAUUAUGGUCCGGAUUAACAUUGGAUAAUAUGGGAUUAGCACUACAGACCCCACCUGUGACAACCCAGGGUUUAACCCAGUCCAGAUUAACACUGGGUACUCGCUGUACUCCCCCACUACUACUCAGAGCUUUUCUUGCUCGUAAAAUAUGUUGAUGUCCCUGAACAGAUACUCGACCCUUCUUCAGAUUCACGCAAGAGAUUUUAAUGAGCAAGCAAGACAGCUAGCAUACUGUCCCACAAGGUCAAUGGGAGGGACUGGGUUGGGACAUUUCCGAUUCAUUUUACUCACGACAAGUGUGCAGCGGGACACGGUCUCGCUGCAUUGUUUGAUUGAAUCUCCCAUUUAAAGGAAUCUCUGUCUACUUGUCUUUGUGUCUGUCCGUGUGUGUGGCUGCUGUCAGGUGCAAAGCGUUUGUCGACUAACCAUGGAGUCUGUUACGCAAAUUACAUUAGAGAAGAAGACAACGUGUGCGUGUGUGUCUGUGUCCAUGUCCCUGUGUGUGUGUUUUUGUCCUCCGUGUAUUUUCACAGUUCAGUUCUUAGUCACAGUGGGUCAAUUGCAACAAACUUGGAGAUUUAGUACGGACCUGCAUACUAAGUUGCGGACUAGCUAAUAUGGUACCAUCUCAGGAUCAUCCCCAGCUGCUUACUAACUUAGUACCAAUUGCAAUGAAAAAAGAUGGGGAACAAAGUUGGGGACGAGCUGAUCCCCAGCUAUGGUACGGAGCUCAGGGUUAAGCUCUUUAUUGUAGUGUGCUACCAAACAGGAACUGAAGGGGGGUGGGCUCAAGAUCUGAGUGAUUGGUUCCAGCUAAUUAUAUUUAGGGCUUCUGGUUUUCAGUUUUAACCGAUAAAACACCCCCGAUACAAAACAAAAAUGAAAUCGGUGGAUAACCAAUAAACAGCACAGGAAAGCACCAUAAAAACUGUGGAAAUGGUUAAUCAAUUCAUGUUGACUUUACGCUAUUCUCAUUAAAAAAGAAAACCUACAACAAAAAUAAUAAUAAAUACAUUUCCCAGUGCUGCUGGGCAAUGUCCCGCCUUCCUGACUUGUAUCUAUCAUUGAUUCGUUCUCAAUACUUUAAACCCACCCCAACUACUGAGUGACAGCACAUUCCUACAAUUCUAUUGGAGACUCUGCUUGCGAGAUUUAAAACGAGAUUACAAUCAGGAUGGAGGCUUAUUAACAGGGUUUCAAGCUGUAUUACAGUUAAGACACGGAGGAUUUCAAACAGAAUUGUGGAGAAAUGUACAAAAAUGCCUACACACAAAAACCCCAGAAGAAUGUGCCCGUGACCAUAGGGAUUUCAUUGUGGAAAGAAGGUACAAUUUAAGUGUGCAAGUACUGUCGAUUUACUACUAUACAUAAUUUGACAGAAAAAAAAAACACUCAAUCAUUUUGGAAAGUAAUCGAAAACACUAAUUUCAUACAGGAUAUCAAAAACGAAAGCCCUCCAAAAAAACGACAUAAAACUCGAAAAUAGCUAAAAAAUAAGCACCGAAAAAUACAAUUAAUAAAACCCGAAAAACAGAAGCCCUAAUCAUAUUUUAAGAGUGUGUUAGUUUUCGUUACAAGAUCGACAUGUUUUUAUUUUUUUUAAGAAACUUAAUUAUUGUUUUUUAAUUUACAUUUUUUGAACUUAAGAAAAUGAUGUACGGAAAUGUAUUUAUUAUUAUUAUUAUUAUUAUUAUUAUUAUUUAUUUCUUAGCAGACGCCCUUAUCCAGGGCAACUUACAAUUGUUACAAGAUAUCACAUUAUUUUUACAUACAAUUACCCAUUUAUACAGUUGGGUUUUUACUGGAGCAAUCUAGGUAAAGUUCCUUGCUCAAGGGUACAACAGCAGUGUCCUCCACCGGGGAUUGAACCCAUGACCCUCCGGUCAAGAGUCCAGAGCCCUAACCACUACUCCACACUGCUUACCCACGAAAGUAAAUACUAAGGAGAAUAUUUUCCCAUUUUCUUAAACCAAAUUCACACGUGUAAUCUAAUUUUCUUAAAACACCACCAAAAUGAAUGAAGCUGCGUUGGAGGAUAAACAAAACUUGUAUUAGUUCUCAUUAUUUAAUUCACACACAAAACAAACGCAUUGGUUUAUAGGACCAAAUCUGUAAAUCGAAUCGGAAAUGUUAAUUACAUGUUUCUGGUAUAGCCUAUAAAAGCUUAAAUUCUCAGUAUAUCGUCGUGGCCAGUAGUCGUGUGCAAAAUUAUACAAUGGAAUAAAACCUUUAUUUCAUAGAGUGUAAAAGAUUUUAUUAAAACUGUGGAGGACGGCUGAAAGGAUUCCACAGCGAUUCUGCAGGCAGCGCAUGCUGUGUGGAGUCCACCUGUAAGCAGGUUUAAUGAAGCCUUUCCAGAGAGGGAGAUACAGCAGCACAUUAAGUACAUCUGUGUAAGAGGCUGAACAACGCAAUGCAACCCAAUCAUAAUGCACGCUUUUGACACGAGACAUAAUCAUGCUGCGAAGGGAGACUACGAUAUAAAAAUGUACUAAUUACAUUAUGUAGUUCCUUCUUAAUUAAAUAAAAAUGUGUACAUUAGUAGAAUUAUUUAGUUAGUAGGUCUAUAUGAUAAAUAUAUCGGUAUCAUUAUCCUAAACAAGAGCAGGAAGACAGACCUGAGUUUUUUUUUUUCAAUUUUCUCCACUUCGUUUGCUGUUAAAAGGAAAGAUGUUAUGGUUUGGAGUUGAUAUAGGAAUGACAGCCAUGCUGCAUACAAAGCAAAUUAGCUUAAAAUAAAACAUUUAAAAAAUAUGGUACACAGAUUUUAUUAUUGUAGAAUUGUAUUCAUAGCUUCAAUGUGUUAUUGUAAUCGUGGACAUUAACAUUCGCUUAUCCACACACACACUGUACAGUCGGGACGCCUCCGGAGAAGGAAAAAUCUCCCGAAUAAGCGGCUGUCCCAGUUAAACGAGAGGACAACCUUAGAAACACUUUUUUUGAUUCUUAAUGAAAAGCAUGAAAUCACAUUGCAUUAUGAUUAAAUGUUAAAUACAUAAUUUAAAAUACAAAUCUGUUAUUUUUUUUUUUUCCUAAACAAAAUGAAUCGCACCUGUGAUGUUGACACACAAACUUUCUUUGCAACAGCAGCCUGAGAAACCACAGGGGGAGACUCCUUCAAGAGUUCAAUGUGGUUCACGCAAGUCACAGCUUAAUCAAGUACUCACUGCACUGUGCUACGCAAACCUGUCUUGCUCUGAAAAGCAAUAUCCCUUCAUCAUUUGAAAAUACUGUAUCCCAAUUAAACGACAUAAAUAGCCAAUGUAUAAGCCUACAUAUAAUUAAUUGGAUGAAAUGCAGCAAUCGGAAUGUACCAUAUCCGCUGUCUGGCUGACUUACGCUGUCUAUGUCAUGUGACACAACUAUCAAAUUUGAUUGGCUGGUUUGAAAAUGUUGCCCUCGUGUCGCCUGAAAAAUAGAACAUCGUCCUAAAGUGGGACCGACGUCGCGGGGGUGUUGACCAGGGUGGUCACACCAAGCGAUAAACCGAUAACAUCUGUCCUCCUUUUUGCCGUCGACAAAAGUCGCCCGCGUGGCCUUUAGUAUCCUAGAGGGCAGCAGCGGUUACUUUGGGUUUGUUGCAAUUGAGAAACAUUUUAAUACGCAGCUGGGGGACUCUUUUAGUCUGUUGCAAUUGACCCAGUGAUUUAACUCUGCUCUCCUUUAUCCUGCCCGUCUCUCAGCUGUCCACACGUUUACUACAAUAGCACUAGAGAGGAGCAAACACUACCUGUAAAUAGCAACAGCACUCUAUGCAAAGACACUUCCAACUAACUUUCUAGGGAUUUUUGUAUUCAAAUUAUUAUUAUUAUUGUUGUUAUUAUUAUUGUUGUUAUUUUGUUUCUGUUUGUAAGUGAAACUGAAUAUUCCUGUAAAUAUCAGUGCCUUCCACACCCCCUGUCCCAUGAAGUGGGGUGCACUGUUUACUCUCUGUUACGUUUCUAUAAAGAAAGGAGGAUGAGGAGGAGGAGGAGCAGGAGGAGUUGGGGGUCAAACGAAUUAAUUUCAAACAGAGGCUGGACCAAGGCUUUCAAAUCCACAGAUCCCUGGAAUUCACUACUUUGUUUUAUUUACAUAUUAUAUUGGGGAGAAAAUGGGGAUCAAUUUGAUUGAUAAUCCGUAGCCCUGGAUUUUAUGUUUAAUCGAGAGCAAUAAUAUAUAAAAAAAAAAAAAGCAAGCUGUGUUGCAGACGGUAAGAGGCGGAGCGGAUGUGAAAGCCUUCGCCAGUGCUCCUGUAAGGGGCAGACAGACAGCAGCAUUUAUAUGUAACCUUGAUGUUCUGCUGAGAUGAAGGAGAGGGUCAUGGUCUUGCAACACGUCGGCCACUGUAUUAGGAACCCCCACCCCCAUAGCGGGUUCAAGUUCAUCUCAUGUGUGCUCUCUUAAGGGAAAUGACUAACCACACCCGCCCCCCAAAAUAAUAAAACUCCCAAGCUCAAAUGUAAAAUAUACUGCUCACAAAAAGUUAAGCAUAUUCUUGGAAUGUCAAAUAUUCAAAUGAAACAGUUUGUGUAUUGCCCCUGCUCCAAGGCCGUUGCCCUGCCAACCAUGAUGGGCACACCUGCCCCCGAUCACGGUUCAAUGGAGGCACCUGAGGCAGAACUGCAGUUUCUCUGUGCAUGGUACCUGCAGAUCAUUGCGCUGUGGUCAGCAAAUUGUGGAUGAAGUACAGACAGACUGGUCGGACAGCCAAUAAACCUCUAAAUGGGCGGCCAAAAGUGACCAAUGGCAGACAAGAUAGAAGACUCAUCAAUUCAGGUCUGAGACAUCACACUAGAAAUGCCACAACUCUGUCAAGAUGCUGGCUCCAAUGUAUCUAUCCAGACAGUCAUAAAUCACCGACAGAGCCAUGGUAUGUAUCCUUUUCCUUUGAUGAACCACCACCAUCAGGCUCCACUUCAAUGAUGCCGUAACCAUCUGGGGUCAAAUUGGGCCAGUGCCUUGUGAUCUGAUGAAUCAAAGUUUCAUCUUGACUUCAAAGAUGGGAGGACACGUGUUUGCGUUGCAGUGGGGAGCUUCACGCUCACUGCAACGUGGUACCUCAUGAUAGGUAUGGAGGAGGGGUGGUUAUAGUGUGGGCUGGGAUCACCACGAAAGGAGGGGGAGUCUCGGGACAGGCCUACCUUGACAACACGAUGCGUUACCAGUAGUCCCAUUUGCACAGCGGCAUUGACGAGGCUUCAUCUUCAUGGAUGACAGCGCCAGACUGAUUUCUUUCAGCAGCACCAAAUCAAUCAUUUACUUUGGCCUUCGAUGACCCCCGACCUAAACCCUACAGACACCUCUGGUGCACCCUGGGAAGACGCCUGUUACCCCCACGUGUACCGUCUUUGAUUUUUGUGAGCAGUAUAUAUUGAAACGUGAAGCCAGUGUCUCGAAUGCAGCAUUAUUAGACUGCCGUAGCUAACGCUCUGUCUCAGAUCUGUACAUGAAAACAUGGGUUUCAGUUCACGGCUUCUCACUCCUUCCUUUCACCUUCCUCUGGAAGCCUGGGAUCCAAUCUGGGGGGCGAGGUGGUGCGGACAGACAGCAGGCUAAUUCACCAGCCUCUCAUUUCUGCCUUUCACUUUCCUCUGCAGGCCUGGGUUCCGAUCUGGAGGGGGAGAGAGAGAGGGGCCCGGGACUGAGACCCGCAGGGUGUGUUCAGGUGUAUGAUUCCUCUCUCUCACUCUCUCUCUCUCUCUGCAUAUAGAGCUGUGCCUGUCUGUCUGUUUUUAUGCUUUGCUGCACUCCCCAACCCCCCCCCACCCCCCACCCCGACAGCACCAUGAUACCAAAGAUCAGCCGGCCAGCUUCUGUUUCUGAACAAAGGGAAAGAGGGGCAAUGUGAAUAUUUUUAUGUCUUCCAUUUUUGUACUCAAAGGUUGUUUUAUUUUUCUAAACCAUUUUACUGUAUUAUUAUAAUAAAAAUUUAAAAAUGA